GGGUCGCCAUUUUGAAGAGCGGCGUAAUGGCGUCGUGUUCGCGUUCCGCUCCUGGGUUAGAGGCUUCGUCGAGGGUAUUCAGAGCGAGGUAAAAAGACUGAUCGUCGUUGCCGGCAUAGGGAAGUUGAUCGGAGGGAUUGCCAGGCAUGCGGCUCAAUGUUAUGCUUCAAGGUAAACUAUCGAUGACGUCAGUGUACGUCACUUAACAAGUGGGAGUGGAUGGGUAGAUGUCGGCAGGCAGCCGUGCUGGCUCUCGCGAAUAAUCGCAGACGAAAUUCGCAGCGGAUGAUAGACCGCGUAGUCGCGAUAAUGUCGCGUGCAUCUAAGUUUUCGCUGCCGUGAAAACAAGCGGUGAAGAAGAAGCAACCGAAGCAAGGAAGGAAGGAAGGAACGAACGAACGAACGAACGAAGGAAGGAAGGAAGGAAGGGAAGGAGCGAAGCUGCUGCUGCUGCUGCUGCUGCUGCUGCUCCAUACAUCGCCACACGUGUUUCCGCGGUAAAUGGAAAAACACCGAAAACAAUUUGCGCAUGUCCGACCACCGAUGACGUCACGAAAAUUGUGCUUUUGAUCAAACUCGCUCUCUCGCUGUUCCUUUUUUUCCGCUGUGGACGUAAUAAUGUGGAAAGUGAAGUAGCCGUCGCUGAAAAGCUCUGUGGGAGCCGCGGAGAAGCCGGUGAAAAUCGACUGUCGUCGUGAACACAACACCGACCCUGUAUCUUGGCUUCUGCAUGCGAUAGUAAGUGUUUUUACUAUUCCAUCCAGUGGUUCCGAAGAGCUGUCCCGUCUCCACGACACCGUGCAAAAAUGGGUCGGAAGAAGAUUCAAAUUUCGCGUAUCACGGACGAACGGAAUCGUCAGGUGACCUUCAACAAAAGGAAGUUCGGGGUAAUGAAGAAGGCGUACGAGCUGUCGGUACUGUGCGACUGCGAGAUCGCCCUGAUCAUCUUCAGCUCGAGUAACAAGCUGUAUCAGUAUGCCAGCACCGACAUGGACAAGGUUCUUCUCAAGUACACCGAGUACAACGAACCCCACGAGUCCCUCACCAACAAGAAUAUCAUCGAGGCACUCAACAAGAAGGAACAUAAGGGCGCCAUGUCCCCGGAAAGUCCGGAGCCUGACGCGAUCGAGUACAAUCUCACUCCGCGCACCGAAGCCAAAUACACGAAGAUCGACGAGGAGUUUCAGCUGAUGAUGCAGAGGCAGCAUAACGGCACUCGGGCAAUGGGACAGUCUAAUUACACUCUACCGGUGUCCGUACCAGUGAACAAUUAUGGGGAAUCUCUACUUGGAUCUAGUCCUCAAAUGGCGCACACCAGCAUUUCUCCGAGGCCGUCGUCUUCUGAAACAGAUUCAGUGUAUCCACCAGGAGGGAUGUUGGAAAUGAGCAACGGUUACCCUCCGUCGGCGUCGCCGUUGGGAGGUUCACCUAGUCCAGGUCCCUCGCCGGCGUUAGGAGUCGGAGGAGUAGGCGCAAACAAAGGCGGUAAUCCGUCUAGGCAUUCGCCGCAACCUCCGCCUCCUCCACCGCCGCCACAUCCUCAUAGGACUAAUCUUCGAGUAGUAAUUCCAACACCCCUUACGCAACCUCUCUCCGAAGACACUAGUUACGACGGUGGCCAUGCACAAUCCGCGUUGAACACACCAGUAGUAGCGCUCCAAACGCCAUCGGUUCCAGCCGGAUACUCCAGCUUCGGGCCAACGGAUUACUCCUCGGACCUCGGGAGCUUAGCAUGGUCUCAUCAGAGGUACGUUGAUGACUUAUCAAUGUAUUCGGCAGCCACCAUGUCCAGCAUCAGUGGUCUUCCUCAUCUGGCAGUGUCUAGCAGUACGCCGCCUCCGUCUACGUCGCCGCUACCGGUGAAGAUAAAGAGCGAACCGAUCAGCCCGCCCCGAGAUCCUCACGGCGGGAACAGCGGCUCGAACAGUAGCGGGCCAAGCAACGCGAGCAGUCUUCAUCACACGACGCUGAACGUCGGCCCGUCGUCCAGUACCGGGGGGCCGCCGCACCAUGUACCUCAUCCCGGGCCGCAGUCGUUGAACCUCGUGUCGAGCAGACCGAGCAGUAAUCCACCGCCGUCGCACUCCGGGAGCAUAACGCCGACCAAUCUACCAUCGCCGAGCAGCGCGACGGUCGCAGACAUUCGGUCGGGCCACUCGAACGCCGGUGGGAACGGUGGGAACAACUCGGACUAUGAGAACGGGCCGCUGAUGAAGCGAGCCAGGAUCACAGAGGGCUGGGCGACUUAAUGACCGUCGACGAACGUCGAAGAGAAUCGGGAAACGGUUUUGUUUUUCUAUUAAUCGCUCGAUCAUCGCGUUUGAUACCUCCACGUACAACGGCGUAUAGUGCUUUUGUGAGAGAAAGUUCCGGGACUCGAAGUCGAAGACUCUCGUUAAUUAUUUUACACAACCACGUCCGGCCAUGGUUCUUUAUUCUUCUCUUAUUUUUCUUUCUUUCUUCUCUUUGGCGAUUCUCGCGAUUGGGUGCGCGCGUGAGAUAUCACCGAGAACGAUCCCUGUGACGGGAACUCUCGAUGCCGACUUUGGCUGGACGGGAAGACACAUCCACGUUGGAGUUCAUCUACACAUACACGUUUGUUUAUAUAUUUUAAAAAGUAUCUCACACAGACACACGUACACAAACACACACACACACAGACACAGACACGCGCGAACACGUGGAAAUAAAUACAUUUGUUUGACGAUUAAAUAACGGUGCCAUAAUGUUGAAGCGUUACACGUAUAUAUAUAUAUGAUGAAUACAUAUAUAUACACAUAUAUAUAUUUUCAUGUAUAUAAUACGAAAGUUGUUUGUAUAUACGUCAUUAACUCAUUGUCAUUUUCUCCGUGAUAUAUGGCAUAUUGUGUCUUUGAUACUUGUCGCUUAGGCGAAGGGUUAUUCCUUUCCGAAUUGUGAGAGGAAAUAGAUGGAAGGUGGUAAAUACGUUUAGGAGUGUAUGUUCUUGGAUGAGUCGUAGAUAUAUAUAUAUAUAUAUAUACGAGAACACGGAAGGCAUUUCGGGGAGUAAGUGCAUCGACGACCGAAUUUCUAAGAGCUUGCGAAACAUCUAAAUGAUUUUACCGUUUAGAGAUAUAUAUAUAUAUAUAUAAUUGUACUUUGUUAUACUUGUUUAUCUCUUUUUAUUUUUUCUUGUGUGGACGACGGUAGGUACACAAGACCCGCGGCAUAAUCCGUUAAUUGAUGACUUUUUUUUUUCUUUACACGAUGAAAUGCCGAAAGCAAUGAACAUAAUUUCUCUCUUAACUGAAUGCCUAGUCAGCGAAUAAUGAUAUUCAAUUAGUAUAUAAAUUUUAAUCUUAUAACUUUGUUUUUCUAUCGUUCUUUUGCUCCGACAAAAAAAACCGUACUUUUAUUUUAAACGAUCAUCCACGUCUAUUAGACUCGCUAAGUAUAAACGAGUAUGUGGCUUAGAUUAUAAUUUUUCUAGAUUUUUAUUGAAUCAUUUUCUUUCGUGUCCGUCGGUUCGAUCUUGAACAAUAGAAUCUUCUUUUUUUCUUAGCGAACUAAUUAACGGUCUAUGUCCGCUAAUAAAAACGAACCGAUAAUAACUGAUCGGCUUCUAUACUCAAAACGAUUAUCGACAUUCUGUAGAGAACACACAACCGGAAAUCAGUCUAUCGAUUAUUACGAGGUAACAGGCGAGAUAUAUGCAUAUUACAUGUGAAAUAAGGAUAUUACAUAGUUGAUUAUUCCGACGAAAAUGAAAUGGUAUAUACACACGAAAACUUGCAUAUGUAUACAUAUAUGCGUUAUAUACAUUUUCCACGAGUAUUUUGCACAUUUGAUAUGAAGAAGAAGAAGAAGAACGAGGAAGAGGAGGAGGAAAGGGGGACACUGGAAAGAAGAAACUUCGCAACCCUUCGAAGCGUCUGAUACACAACGAUUAACGAUCAACACGGAUCAACAGAUUUAUUUCGACAGGAAAUUUUAAUUUUGCCUUGCACAGAUUUUUUUAACACGACGUUAUUGAACUAGAGAUCGAACGUUUGAUCAGCGAAAGAACUAAUAAAUAGAGUUUUCCCUUUUUAAUUACUCGUCGAGGCGAAGAGUUGCAAUUGUAUGAUACGAGAAAAUUUUCUUUCUAAGUGAAACCGCUUUCGGAAUGGUCUAUGCUUCGCUCGAUCUCAGGGCGUAUCCUGACACGUGAGCUGCUCUCAAGAGUCGUAUUCGGUACAUUACUGUAAUUAAUGGAAUACACAAACGGUAUAUGAGUAAAUAGUGCCUGGCACCAUUUGUGGCCCUCUUUCAGGUUGACUUGUCCACGCGAUAAUCUCGUCGAUGCGUUUAGCUAUGCAGAGAAAUGUGCAUCGGGGAGGGAAAGGCAUGGAAAGGGACUCAUUAGCGUGAAACGAUCGACAGACAGAGGCCGAUGCGACGGUACCAGUGUUCUUGUUCAUUUGUUGUUCAUAUGACGUUCGGUCGACGAAUUAACGACGCGGCAAGUCAGCCUUGGAUUAUAUUGUAACCGAGAAAAAAAUUAUACGUAUGUUAAAGAGA